AUGGCAGGUCUCCGAAAUUUGAUUUUUCUGUUGCUAAUAACAUUUAGUAGUAUUGAAGGUGCAAGGAUUCUAGCUUUCUUUCCUACGCCUUCGAUCAGUCAUCAAAUAGUGUUUCGACCUAUUACAAGAGAACUUGCAAGACGAGGCCAUGAAGUUAUUGUCAUUACAGCGGAUCCAGCUUAUCCAAAAGGUAAAACACCCAACAAUUUGACUGAAAUCGACACCCAUGAUCUAUCAUACAAGGAAUGGGAAAACUUGUUAGAGUUGCAUCGUGGCCAUAAGGAAGAUUUACUUCUUCACGUCAAAAAACUUUUAGAAACUUUUGCAAGGAUUUUUGAUCAGCAAAUGGAACUCCCAGAAUUAAAAGAAAUUAUGAAGAAGGACAGAAAUUACUUUGACAUAAUGUUACUUGAAGCCUGCAACCGUCCCAUCUUAGGCAUGGUGCACAAAUUUGAUGCGCCAGUUAUUCAAUUAAGUUCUUUUGGAGCAGUAGCUUUGCAAUAUAAUAGCAUGGGAGCACCAUCACACCCCAUUUUGUAUCCAACACCAGGAAGACAAAGGUUAUACAAUUUAUCAUUAGUGGAAAGAAGUGUUGAAAUAUUAGCACACUUGUUGUUGGACUUUUUGAUUGCCGAUACGGAAGAAUUUGAUUAUGCAGUAAUGAGAAAACAUUUUGGUAAAGAUGUUCCUACAUUUGAGGUACUAAGAAAAUCAAUAAAAAUGAUGUUUUUAAAUGAACAUCCAUUUUGGGCUGAUAACCAUCCUGUACCUCCAAAUAUUAUUUACAUGGGCGGUGUUCAUCUUCCCCCAGUUAAGGAACUACCUAAAGACCUUAAACAAUAUUUGGACUCCUCAAAACAUGGUGUUAUAUAUAUCAGUUUUGGUACGAAUGUUCUACCUUCAAUAUUGCCACCUGAAAAAAUCCAAGUCAUGACUAAUGUUUUGUCUCAAUUACCCUAUGAUGUUUUAUGGAAAUGGGACAAAGAUGUUCUCCCGGGACAGUCAAGCAACAUCAAAAUUUCUAAAUGGUUUCCACAAGCCGAUUUACUCAAACAUCCUAACGUCAAGUUAUUUAUUACUCAGGGUGGAUUACAAUCCACCGAUGAAGCUAUAGAUGCUGCAGUGCCUGUUAUCGGUAUUCCUAUGUUAGGUGACCAGUGGUAUAAUGUAGAAAAAUAUACGCACCACAAAAUUGGAAUGCAGUUUGACAUUACUGCUUUAACAGAAAAUGAAUUUAAAAAUGCUAUCAAUACUGUGAUAGGGGAUAAAAGUUACAAAAACAACAUGUUAAGGCUCAGGGGAAUAAUGAGGGAAUAUCCAAUUGAUCCUUUGAAUCUUACUGUAUGGUGGAUAGAGCAUGUUAUAAAGUAUGGAGGAGAUCAUCUAACAGCGCCAGCUGCCGAUAUGUCGUGGAUUGAAUACUAUGAAGUGAAGCUGGUUUCAAUAUCAAGACGAAGACUUUUAAAAAUCAUGUUAAACAUGCAAAAAAUAUUGUUGUUAUUUUUAUUAAAAUUUGCUGUAAUUGAAGCUGCUCGGAUAUUAGCAUUCUUUCCUACGCCUUCUAUCAGCCAUCAAAUAGUGUUCAGACCAAUUACGAAGGAACUCGCAAAACGGGGCCAUGAAAUCAUUGUGGUCACACCCGAUCCUGCGUACUCAAAAUGUGAUAGACCUCAAAAUUUAACAGAAAUUAACACACACGCUGUGUCCUACAAAGAAUGGGAAAAGUUGUUCAUAUUCCAACGAGGGCGAAGGGAUGAUUUCAUUUUUAAUAUUAAAAUUCUACUAAAAACGUUUGCUAACGUUUUGGAUAAACAAAUGGAACUCCCAGAACUAAAAGAAAUAAUAGAUAAAGACAGAAAGUACUUCGAUUUAAUAUUACUUGAAGCUUGCAAUCGCCCCCUCUUAGGAAUAGUGCAUAAAUUUGAUGCUCCUGUCAUUCAAUUAAGUUCAUUAGGUACGGUCGCUUUACAAUAUAACAAUAUGGGUGCUCCAGUACAUCCCAUUUUGUAUCCUACACCAGGUAGACAAAGGUUAUACAACUUAACUUUAGUAGAAAGAAGUAUUGUUAUUAUUACACACUUGUUGUUGGACUUUUUAAUUUCCGAUACAGAAGAAUAUGAUUAUGCAAUAAUGAGGAAACAUUUUGGUAAAGAUGUACCCACAUUUGAGAAACUAAGAAAAUCAAUAAAAAUGAUGUUUUUAAAUGAGCAUCCAUUUUGGGCUGAUAACCACCCAGUCCCUCCAAAUAUUAUUUACAUGGGAGGCAUUUAUCGUCCCGAAGUUAAGGAAUUACCUAUAGAUAUUAAACAAUAUUUAGACACCUCAAAACAUGGUGUAAUAUAUGUCAGUUUUGGGACUAAUGUGCUACCGUCACUUCUACCACCAAACAAAAUCAAAGUUAUGACUAAUGCUUUGUCCAAAUUACCCUAUAAUGUUUUAUGGAAAUGGGACAGUGAAGAACUUCCAGUACAAUCGAAAAAUAUCAAAUUUUCUAAAUGGUUUCCACAGGCUGAUUUACUAAGAUAA